AGUGCGCUCUACGUGGGGACGGCGGACUUCUGCUAGGCCCAGGUGAGAAAGGCCCACCUGAGUCCUGGUUGAGAGUGUUCCUUGGUUCUUUGAGGCUAGAGAAUUUUAUUGAAUAUGACCUCCCAACAAUGACCCACCCUGGAACAUGUGAACAUGGUAAAGAUAUCACUUCCCCAAUUAUGUUGUCAUAUGGCACAGUUGACCUAACGGUGGGGAGACUGACCAUGUGAACCUGAGCUAAUCAUGAGACCUUUCAAAAAAAAAAGGAAACUAAAAAAGAAAGAAAAAGAGAAUAUUCUCUAGCUGGUAAAGAAGAGGAAGUUAAAAUCAAAACACUUGAUGAAUGUGAUAUGCUGGGUGUGAAGAUGGAGGGACCACGGGAAAAGGAAUGCGGAACACCUUAAGGAGAUGAGAGAUGCCCUCAGCUGACAGCAAAUACGAAGAGGGAACCUUGGACCAUUUCUCAGCUGCAAAUAACAGGAUUCUGCCACCAACCUAGAAAAGGAAUCCUGAAAUUGUGGAUUACCCAUAUAUACUUUGAGACAUGCUUUAGAUGUUUUUUUCUGGAAGCCUUGCAACUGCCAUAAAAAUUGAAUGUAUUGUAGAACAGACUUAUGGCCAGUGGUGGCAGAGUCGGCAUAGAACUAUGCUUCGUGGUGUUCUGGCAAAAACCUUUCGACUUGUUGGCUAUACUAUUCAGUAUGGCUGUAUAGCUCAUUGUGCUUUUGAAUACGUUGGUGGUGUUGUCAUGUGUUCUGGACCAUCAAUGGAGCCUACAAUUCAAAAUUCAGAUAUUGUCUUUGCAGAAAAUCUUAGCCGACAUUUUUAUGGUAUCCAAAGAGGUGACAUUGUGAUUGCAAAAAGCCCGAGUGAUCCAAAAUCAAACAUUUGUAAAAGAGUAAUUGGUUUGGAAGGAGACAAAAUCCUCACCAAUAGUCCAUCAGAUUUCUUUAAAAGUCAUAGUUAUGUGCCAACAGGUCAUGUUUGGUUAGAAGGUGAUAAUCUACAGAAUUCUACAGAUUCCAGGUAUUAUGGACCUAUUCCAUAUGGACUUAUAAGAGGACGUAUCUUUUUCAAGAUUUGGCCUCUGAGUGAUUUUGGAUUUCUACGUGACAGCCCUAAUGGCCACAGAUUUUCUGACGAUUAGCAAGCACUUACUCUUUUGAUUUGAUUAUUUUCUCCAAGUGAAUUUAUUAUUGCCACUGAAACCAUGUACUUACUAAUAAACCAUUUGCUACUUA